UUGUGGCGACAGAUGAUGAAAAGAUUGCAGAAUGUUGUCGAGGAUUUGGAGCUGAUGUGAUAAUGACAUCAGAAUCUUGCCAAAAUGGCACUGAACGCUGCUGUGAAGCUCUCCAAAAGCUCAAAAGAAACUAUGAUAUUGUUGUGAACAUUCAAGGAGAUGAACCCCUUAUUGAACCAGAGAUAAUAGAUGGUGUAGUUCAAGCGUUGCAGAGAGCUCCUGAUGCAGUGUUCAGUACUGCUGUCACAUCUUUAAAACCUGAAGAUGGACCUGAUCCCAACCGGGUGAAGUGUAUAGUGGACAAAUUUGGUUAUGCAAUAUAUUUCUCUAGGGGUUUGAUUCCUUAUAACAAGUCAGGGAAAGUCAAUCCACAGUUUCCAUAUCUACUUCACCUGGGCAUUCAGAGUUAUGAUUCAAAGUUUCUUAGGAUAUAUCGGCAACUUCCACCCACUCCAUUGCAACUAGAAGAAGACCUAGAGCAACUGAAAGUUCUUGAGAAUGGAUACAAGAUGAAG